AUGGCCUCCCAAGAGUCCAAGCUUGCCGGCACCCGUAGAGCGGCCAAAGCAGGCAGCUGGUACACUGCCAAUCCCGACAUCCUCUCCAAGCAGCUCGAGAAGUGGCUCGACGACGUCCCUAAUAAGAUCAACGGCAGCAGUCUGCCCAUUCCGGGCGCCCGUGUGAUCAUUGCACCACAUGCUGGCUACUCCUACUCGGGUCCUUGCGCUGCCUGGGCCUACAAAGCUCUCGACUUGAGCAAGGCCGAGCGCAUCUUUGUUCUUGGGCCUUCUCACACCUACGGCUUGUCGGGGUGCGCUCUCACCACGUUUGCCCAUUGGGCCACGCCACUCGGUGAUCUCGUCGUCGACCAAGACGUCAUGGACGAGCUGCGGGCCACUGGUCGCUUCGCCGACAUACCUCGUUUCAAUGACACGGAGGAGCACAGUCUCGAGAUGCACAUGCCCUACAUCUACAAGCGCCUGGAGCAGACAUGGAGAGACAGCCGACCCUGGCCGACCAUCGUGCCCAUGGUGGUCGGGGAUGGCAGCCCCUCUGCAGAGAAGCGUGUCGGCCGCCUGCUCGCGCCGUACCUGCGGGACCCGGCAAAUGCCUUUGUCAUUUCGAGCGAUUUUUGCCACUGGGGCAGCGACAACUUUGGCUACUCCACGUACUGCACCAGCCCGGAGCUUGAAGACCUGCAGAAGCUGUCGAAAUAUGGGCCGGCCCCUACGGACCCGCCGAUCCAUGAGGCAAUCAGGUAUCUUGACGAGGCGGCCAUGGCGAGCAUCGAGACGGGCAUCUACGACAGGUUCAGAGCCAAUAUAGACCUUACUGAGAACACGGUCUGCGGCCGGCACCCAAUUGGCGUCAUGAUGGCCGCUUUGGAGGAGCUUGCAUCCAAGCCCAAGUGGGGGAAGGCGGCUGCUGUGGCCACGGACGCAGAAGAGGCAGAGAGCAACGAGGUCAAGCCUCCGGAAAUGAAAGGGACGGGCAAGUUCGCGUUUGUUCAAUAUCGUAGGAGCAGCCUGGUGAAUGAUGUGAAUAAGACGAGCGUCAGCUAUGCAUCUGCAUAUGCUAUCGUCUGA